CUCCCCCAAUCUAAUGUUGUUUAGCCCUUGUUUUACUCCCCGGGAAAUAUGUGCAGAUAGCUACAACCAUCAUACACAUGUCAUUUUUGAUUAUCGCCCGCGUUUUUAUGGUGUAUCAGCCGCGGGCAAGAAAGGAGCUGCCGCGUGCCCUCCCGGUCUACUCGUCUGAUAAUAAUUAGGAUUGCCUCACUAACACUAAUGUUGUCAUUACUGUUUUUACAGAUGUUUUUCACUUCCUUUACAACCACCAACACCAACUUGAGACCGUGAGCCAGUACGGGCGCUCGUUGCCAUUUCCAGUCGUAAGUACUUAUCUUUAUUGUGCAAUUUCACGUAACACAUAAGAGUAACCGCAAAAAGAAUGCUACCGCUGCUGGGUCUGGGUGGCACUGCGGCCGCGGCGGGCAUGGCAUCGCUGCUCGGCCUGUUCAACUACAACCACCAGUCGAUGACGGCGGAGUGUCAGAACCGGCAGAACAUGAUCCACCAACUGCAGCAGAUGCGGAUCACGCAGGCGGGCAUGUACCGGCAGGAUUUAAAAGACAUGUUUGGCGCGGUGGACGCGAAGAUGAUGCUGCUCGUGCUGGUGGCCUCCAUUCUGAUCGGGGUGGUCUUCAACAUUCUCCUGCAAGACAUCCGCGUGUCCGCGCCGGUGUGGACCAUCCUGUGGCUCGGGAUCCACGUCUGUGCCAGUCUGAUGUACCUCGGACUCGCACUCUAUUUCGCCGUGUACGCCAGCAUCGCGGCGGUCGCGUCCAUGGUGCGGGUCCUAACGCAAGAGGUCCGGCUCCCCAUCGCCAGCGCGGACGACGUGAAGUAUGCGUGCGUUUACAUGUCGGAGUUUGAGUCUCCCCGCCGCGUCCACGAGCUGCUCCGCGUGCCCUUCCUGCAGACCACGCAGAACCGCCGGAAGUACGGCGGGGUCGGCUGGGUGGAGCUGUUGACGUAUUACAAUGAAAAAUGCCCUCGUCCCAGAAUUUGGGAGCAUUUGUAUUGCAAACCUUUCCAAAUGAAACAUUCCUUCGCCCUCUUGCAUCUACCAGCAUCACAGAUUUUCAAUAGUGAAUAGCAAAUAAAAUUUGUAUUGCAGAACAUCCCAGCAAGAGCGGCGCUUGUCAUGCAAGCGAUGCUGUAUACGCCUACGCCUAGACUGUGCAUCAGAGACAUUUAUAGUCCUUUCAUGCAUGAGAAGAAGUUUUCAUGUGGAAACCUAGCAUCACAAAUCAUUGCAACUUUGGAGGUAGGGGCAUUUUUCACUGUAAUAUGACGCAGAAGGUGUUCGGCGUCCGGGACUGGCAGAAGACGGAGAACGGGUUCUACCGCAACUUCUUGCGCUAUGGGUGUGUCAGGAUUGAAAUCGUCAAAGUUGAAAUAAUUUGUAAUGCAUAAAAUGCAUGACCCAAGGCACGUGUGUUGCAGAGCAGGCAAGUGAGGCCGAUUGUAAGCCUGUUUGGGGUUACAGCUCGAGCUGCUAAAGUAGCAUGAGAAAAUCGCUCUUCUUUGCCUAAACAGCAUGACAAAGUGGAUUUAGGGACCGCCGAAAUUUGUCUUGCGCCACUUGGAAACUGGGUCCCAACUGGCAUCCAUUUUAUGCAUGGCAAAUUAUUUCAACUUUGUCGAUUUCAACUCUGACACAUCCAUAUGCGCCUGAUCGGGUCGGACACGCCGGAGGGGGAAAGAACCGUGGCCAUGCGGUUCGACGAAAAGGAUCGGGAGAACAACCCCUACGAGUUCCACCCCAUCACCAAAGCCCUGCUCGGCGAGCACCACGGGCUCUCCGCCACGGAACUCAACAGCGCCGGGGGCGCGGCCAUGCUGCAGGGCCACAGCAACGCCCGGCACACCGCCAGCAAGGGCGGCGAUUUGCAUCUGGGAACCUCGCAGUUCGAACUCCGCCGAAGGACGAUGGCACAGAUGGGCGCUGCGGCGCUACAACAUCCACCGGGAAGGACCGCCGGUGUGUUCCAACUGCCCGAGCGUGCCGCGUCGCCAGUACAUCCGAUAAAUCAUCAGGGAAUAAAGCAACACAUCGACUACGCGGAUCACCCGGACGCUCCGCAGUUCGGCGACCGAUCAAGUUUGGAUGGAACCUUGGGUCGCCAGCAAGUCGCCGCAGUGCCGAAGACCCAGUCGCAGGGCCGCGUGAUGAAACAAGCAGAACUGGACCCAUCGAAUACAACAGCGAGUGUAGACUCUCCGUCCACGCACGCGGCGGUUCAUCAUCUUCCCGUUUCCGCGAGCAGUAGUAGUCAGCAGCAAACAAACCGCCCCCCUCGACUGCCGGGGAAACAACUGCCCUCGCAGGCCCGUACUUCCAGAAGUUCUGCGGGCACCGGUAUUGAUCAGAACCCGUUCUCUCAACCCGCGUUUGCGCACCAGGAAUUUCGGGUGAGCAAGGGCGACCGCUUCGAUCCGUACGCGCUGGACGGCACGCUCCCGGCGAAGAUUCGAUCCCGGUCGAAGGACCGAGAACAAAUGCAGCCGGUUGUGCGGAGGAAGGACUUGGGCAACAAAAUGCUGCUAGAGAUGGUGAUGUCACUGCCUGACGACCACGUGUAUCCCGAGCACGUGCUGCUGCGCUGGCGGGCGCUCCACGUGGGGGUCAUCCGCCAGGACGCCCUUGCCAACGCGUUCGCGGCCGAAAAAAUGAACGGGGCCGACGCCGAGGAUCCGGCGCUGAAGCACAAUCCCAAGCACCUUCGCGUGCACGAGCACAUGAACCUGCUGCUCCCCGAGGCGCACGUGAAGACGCCGGACUUGACGGACUGCUUCCACUUCAAGCACUACCACGAUUUCGACCGCCGGUGGGGCGCGUUCCAGAAGCUCGCGCGGAUCUGCGUGGGGCUGGGGACCGUGGAGAUGUUUGGCGCGCUGGCGGCGCACAUCGUGGUGCACAUUGUGAAGAUGCGAAAACUGUUCUUUUUCGGGGCGCUGAUCAUCUUCCUCUUGAUGACCAUCCAGAUCUGCUUGCAGAAAGUGGAGAUCGCGAGCACGCGGUUGCUGAAGCUUGACGGUUUGCUCGUUUUGGAGCAGGCGCUGACGUUGGCGAUCGUGGUGGGGAGUGAAUAUGAAAUCCAGUGCGAGCGGUUUGCGCCGCUAGUGUUUGUGGUGCACAUCUUCUACAUGAAGGAACUGAUGGUCUUCACGCCGUUUCUGGGGUCCGGGCCGUCCUUCGAAUAUUUCAGAAGUGCGAAAGCGGCGGAAUUUUUCACGCGCGCCACCAUAGCGCUGGAGACCGAGGCGGCCGCCGCCUCCGUGCACAUGGACAAAGCCGAGGCGAAAAUGAGUGUCCACCACGCACAGGAAGACUUGAAAGAGAAAACUAUGGAUGCAUCAACUUCAACAUCAUCUCCCGCAGCGCGCAACGAGCUUCACGCGGUAGGCGAGCUGCAGAAUGCCGCCUUUCGCCAGCGGGGAAUGCUGGGAGCAGGGCCUAUGUCGAGAUCCGAGUUGAAGAGCUUGAAGACGAGACAGGACGUUUUGGAUCUGCAGAGGAAGCGCGACUCCGCGGAGAUUCGAUAUUUGGAAGAGCAUGAUUUGACAAUUGAGCCGAGCAGUGGCAAGGAAGAGAUGAACUACGAGAAGAAGACAGCUUUGAAAAUAGACGGGAACAAAACACCAGCCACUCUGCAAGCACCUAAGAGCGGCGGCGCAACAUCAGGAGCGUUGAGGAGCAGCAAUAGCAAAAAUACUAAGCGCCAGGUGUUCACUGGGGCCUACGCGUUAGAGCUGCGCGUGGAGCGGCUCCUGGCGCUGUUUGAGCACGACUACGUCACCAUGCAGCUCGACGACCCACGCCUCACUGCCAUCCGGCAGGCACGGGUCGCGAUGGAAGAGGCAAAGAUGAAGCUAAAAAUGUACUUUCCCUCCGCGAGGAGACCCGCAGCGGACUCGGCAGGGACCGCGUUUAAUAGUAAUGCCCCCAGCAGGAGCCCGUCCCGCGCACGACGGUCGACAGCUUUUGCGGAGGGGUCACACGCAGCGGAGGACGCUGUUUUGAGAUCCUCGUCCACUGCAGGACGGAGUUCGGCAUCUUCGGCGCCACGGCAGCUUCGCGACAGCCCGAGCGUCCUGGCUGCGCUGGACAACUUGAAUCGGGACUUCGAGCAAGUCCAAUACGGGGCGGCGGGAAGUGGGUUCAAGGUGCGGCCCAUGGAGGUGGUCGACGGUAUUCCGGCCACGCACAGCUGGGUGCAGCUGUACUUCCAGGGCAGUCGCGGGAUGCACCUGCCCUACUACGUGUCCCCGGUGUUGCUCCGGAAUAGCUGGCUGCGUCCCGGGGACGUGCCGCCGGAAACGGAGUACCACAUUCCGAGCCUGCUGACGCUGCAAGUGGACGCGCGGCUGUUUGAGCUAGAAGUGGAGAACGCGGUGGAGAAGCUGCAAAUAGAGGACCCUCGAGCCAGUUACAGCCCGAGAAGCCCGGCACCCUCAUUCGUCGAGCCAGAGGACCUGCGUCCAGAACCGUCGAGCGAGGAAAACAAUCAUUUAGUGGACGGUUCCCAUGCCAUGUUGGUCCCGGUGGAAGAUGAAAAUGACGAGCAUUUUUGGAUAAACAACCAUGGCGCAUUAUCCUGAGUAAAAACGUACCCACCCCAUAGUCAAGAUGGGGAAUCGGCUAGACAAAUCCACAAGCUUUGGCUGUUUCGCAUGACAAAUUUGGACGCGUAGCGUAGUACUGUUUGAGCUAGUUCAGCAGCAUUACAGAUCUAGCAUACCAUGCUGAUUAGAGCAUGACAAAUUGCAAAAAACCACUAGAAAACGUUUCUCAUGAGGCUCCGCAUGGGAAACAUUUUCAGCAUGCAGAUUUGCAUUACAACUCUGGUGUGGGUACGUUUUUACUCAGGAUACGCAUCAACAUCCGUGGGGACGAGUGGAGGACCUCCACAACAGCAGAACAACGCAAUUUUUCCCUUUCCGAUCGGACGCAUUCGCUCGCGCCUGCUCGUGGAGGAGCGAAGGCGAAAAUUGCGGAAACAAAAGACAAGCAGCCAUGCAGGAGCGCCGCAAGAUGAACUACUAGCACACGACCGGCGUGAUGCAGUGGAUGUCAGGGAAAGGUCGCGGCAGCAGUUUCGCGCGAUGCUGCUGGAGGGUAGCCACAACACUUCUGUCGCGUCGGGCGCCCUCAACCACGAAGACGAAGAUCUCGAUGUGGAACAGGAAACACCUCUGCCCGGCCGCCUGUUCCGCCUGGGCACCUUUGCUAUUUUCAUUUCCUGGGGGCUCGCCCUGAUCUGGUCCUUUUUUGCCUACACCAUCUUUCUCCAGCACCAUUCCCAGUACACCGGCACCGGGAUGGGCUUGUCUUCGUCAAAGGCCGCGUCCCGAAGAACCUCCGCAAGACGGGCGCUCCUCUCGGAAGAGUUAAAAGACGACGACGUUGCUGGUAGUACGGGAAGUACAAGUAGUGCAUUUUGCCUCGAGACCGACUUUUCAGGAGGACGGAGAACCAAGCGGUUAUCAAGGACAUGUAGCUUUUCGUCCGAAACAAAUGAUAAACGUUUGAGCCCCCCGCGUAGUUCCAGCAAUGUCGAUACCGCAGAAGAAAAAGAAAGAAAGCAAUUCCCGGUCGCGGGGACACAAGCGAGAAAGUCAAUCAACACGACUCCCCGACCUGAGCAUCAUGAUGUUUCACCUUCCCGUGUCUCGAUCGAGGCACUAAGCGUGCACCUAUGCGAUAGCCAAAACGGGGGAAAUGGAAAAUCAAAAUGCCGCGCCUCGGAAUUACGCGCCUUCGCGAAGUACUUGCGAGACGAGGUCGAUCUGUUCGACGACGGCCUGGUCACGCAAGCGGAAAUACACAGGUAUCUGCAGAGCCCGACCGCGCAACAGAGUUCUUUGGAGGGUGGAGAAGAGCAAGAGCACGAAACAAGGGCAACAGCAGAUGUGCGACCACGAGCAGAUGAUAGUGAAAAUAACCGUCAUGAUGCCGCAGCCGCUCACAUGCCUCUAGCGUCGUGGCGCAAGCAGUUGGUGGUGCAGUUAAAGAACCUGGUCGCGGAUCGAAGCCAGUGGCCCGCGCUGGCCUUGGCUGCGCGGCCGUUUUCGACGUCGAAAAUGAAACGCAGACAGAGUCGCGCGCAAGCACGAAGCCUGAGAGAAAUAUGAAAUCCUGUGAAAAAAAUGUCAUCAUAUACGCGAGUUCCGUGCACGCUGGACGAGUAGUGUAGCGUGACGAUGCACUGCCAGACGUGCCACAGAAUAAUCUACUAGGAAGGUUGUAGUGACGAAAAGUAGCAACACCAGAUGAAAUAAUG